CAUGAUGGAGGAGAUCGACCGGUUCCAGGUGCCCACCGCGCACUCGGAGAUGCAGCCGCUGGAUCCAGCCGCAGCCUCUAUCUCAGACCGAGACUGUGAUGCCCGGGAGGAGAAGCAAAGGGAGCUGGCCCGGAAGGGUUCCCUGAAGAGCGGCAGCAUGGGCAGCCCUGUCAACCAGCAACCCAAAAAGAACAACGUCAUGGCCCGGACGAGGCUGGUCGUCCCUAAUAAAGGCUACUCCUCGCUUGACCAGAGCCCUGAUGAGAAGCCACUGGUAGCUCUUGACACAGACAGCGAUGAUGAUUUUGAUAUGUCCAGAUACUCUUCCUCUGGCUACUCCUCUGCGGAGCAGAUCAACCAAGAUUUGAACAUCCAGCUGCUGAAAGAUGGCUACCGGUUAGACGAGAUCCCCGACGACGAGGACCUAGAUCUCAUCCCCCCCAAGUCCGUGAACCCCACCUGCAUGUGUUGUCAGGCCACUUCCUCCACCGCCUGCCACAUUCAGUAGUGGGCGGGGUCGCCGCGGUGCACGGGGCGGCGCUGACCUGGGCCUGGUGGGACGCAGCAGGGGAGACCCCUACCCUGCUGGUCCGCUGGUCCCCAGCCCCGCGCCUCUUACAACCGCAACCUCGUAACAGUCAUUGCUUCCUCCUAUGGUAGGACGUGUACCUCUGUGUGUUCAUGGAGCCGGAGAAACCAAGACCGGGUCUGUCUCCAGCCCCGGGGCUGAGGAGGGGUGGGCACUGUUUGUUCAGUUACUUGGGGGAAACCACACCCAAGCACCCUGCCACCUCUCCCAUAGCUGCAGUCAGGGGGCAGCACUGAAGGCCAGGAGGCCAAAUGUAAGCUGUCGGGUGAAGGGAUCACAUGGCCCCAGUCAGUGAAGCCAUGAAUCCCCCCAAGCCCUGCUCGGGAAGGAAGGAAGGGGGUUUGGAGAAGAAAAGGCCCCAAGAAAUGGGGGCAGUUCUCACACCUCAGAGCCCCUCCCCCAAACCCUGUGCCAGCCUAUACACCUACUUGUGUGUUCCCUCAUCUGCAGAUGGGAAGCCUAGCAAUGGCUGUCCAAAGGGAUACUGUCUCUCUCUCCAUUAGGUCACUCCCACCACUGUCUCUUUCCCCUGCUUCCUUAUUUUCUGAGGGUUGGGAAGGUAAGAAGGGCCUUAGAAAGAAGCCAAGUUUGGGGAUGGUAUGACCUGUUCUCACGGGUCUCUAACCAAUGCAUCUGUCUCUCUGCCUCAUCCCCACACUGCCACCACCACCCCUGCUCCCCAAUCUUCUGUCUAUUGGUUUCUGGCUGGAAGCAAGAGAUAAGCCUCCUGUGCCCCAUUCCCGUGUUACCCUAACUCAAGGUCUAGGAGGCUGGCUUCCAGAAAGGCUCUUCAAGAGCAGGCUUAAGAAAAUAAUGAACUAAGUGGGUGUGUGUAUGUGGUAGAGCAUGCGUGUGUAUGUGCGUGUGCGUGUGUGUGUGUGCGUGUGUGUGCGUGUGUGUGCGCCUGUGUGUUGAACCCAUCUGUCCAGGGCAACCAGGUGGGUGUCUGUAGUGGGGAAAUGAUUGUGGUCUGUUAACUGUGUGAGAGGCUGCUUGGAAAUGCAGUGGAUGGAGACCACAGCCUGGCAGUCAGAAGCCUGGGCUCUGGUCCCAGCCCUGGCAUUCUCCCUGAGCUCCUAAGCAAUUCUAAGGCUUCUCCAGGGCUUUAGUUCUCACAACUGGAAAAUAAAGAAUAGCUGACAUCACUGACAGAGUCUUUUCAUACCAGAAGGAAUUUCUUAAUAGGAAUUUCUGCAAAAGACUAUGACAUCUGUGUGUCUUUGAACUCAGGAGGCACCUGGAGGUGUAUGUGCGUCUGUGUGGACAUGGGAAGUCCAUGUUGACUUAGUGUGUGUGUGUCUGUAUAUGUGUGUGUGUGUGUGUGUGUGUGUGUGUGUGUGUUGCUGUACGGGGUGUCUGCAUACUGUUGCUUCUGCUGCCGUUGUGGUCUGAGGGAGGAAAGCUGAGGACGUAGCUCAGUGAGACGGCAGCUCUCCCAUGGCUGAGACAACUGCAAGCAGGGAGAGCCUCCGACUGCUGGGCUAGGCCCGCAGCCUCCACUCACUGAGCCAGUGUGGCCAGAGUGUAGCUUCUCCAGGCUCCCUCUGGAUACCACUCACAUGUUACUCUCUGGGUGCCAGGGGCUAGAAUGGGGUUAGUGAGGAGGAGUGGGGCUGUUGGCUUAGGAAGGGAAGUGUCUCUCUCUGCACCACACCCAGGGACUGCCCACUCCCGUAUUAGAGUGUAGCUUUCUACUCCCCACACCUCCAGCCCGGCUCACCUCCCCUAGUGCAGAGAUCCUAAUUAGAUAAGAGAAUGCCAAAGGAGUUGAGCCCGAGAAAGCAUCUGCAAGUGCCACACAGCCCACAGUGGCCCCGCCUGAGCCCCUCUCCCACCCCAGCUGGCAUCCCCACCACUCAUCCCCUGGGCCCCAGAGCUAGAACUCCUCCCAGCCCACCCCCCUGGGCUCUUGGACUCACUCACCCUUCUAGAACAUGGACAGCUCCUCUCUUUAGACUGCUGCCUCUGCUGCUGACUUCUUGUGGGAUUCUAAUUCAAUGUGUGUGCCCCUGAGAGCCAAGGGCAAAUGCCCUUGUGAACACACUAGUUCCCUAGCAGGCAAGGGCAUUAGACUGAGGUGGUAUUUACACAGCGGGUAGGGGUAGGAGGCUGGCAGCCUGCAGCUUCCAAGUCCAAGGAGAGCACACAGUUCCCUCCUUUCCUGUUUGGAAGUUGAAGGGGAAAAGUCAGGGCCUUAGCUUGCCCCUGCUCCCCCCACCCCUUGUAGAUACUGCCUUAACACUCCCCCACCCUCGGCUGUGGCUGCUACCCAGCCAGGUUUCUCCGAGCUUACUAAUUUAUUUCCAAGAAGGUGUGUGGAAGACAUGAGCCGUGUAUAAUAUUUUUUUUAACAUUUCCAUCGCAGUAUUGACCAUCAUCCUUGGUUGUGUAUCGUGUAACACAAAAUAAUAUUAAAAGCAUCAAACAAGCCAGA